AUGUCACGGCGAUUACCACAGCAACACGUUGUUAUUCCAGUACGACGAGAACGGAUGUCCGUAGACUUUUCUACUCUUCAUUACGGGUCACCUGCUUUGAACCUGUCAUCAUUCCUAUACAUAUCCACCACGCAGCGGAUGCGUGAGUCACACUGGGACCACUUGCUGGAUACCUACUGCGCCGCACUGGCCGCAUCCGUGUACCUGAUCGCGCCGAAAUGGAUGCCGAGAUGGCCGCGACAACCGUCAAUGGAUUUGCAAAAGCGACGUUUUGCGUGCCAUUCAUGUUACGCGACAGAAGCGAUACAUUGGAUUCGUUGGUGA